AUGCAGAGCUCUUUUUCAAAGAAGGAAGCUUUUGUUGACAUCUUUGAUUAAAUAAAAGAUGUAGAUAUACAAAUCUUUGGGGCCAUAUUAGAAACAUUAGGAAAGGAAAAAGUUAAAGACUGCAUUGGAUUUCUAUCAGAUAUUGAGAAUUAGAGACAAUCAGAAUCAUAAAUUUUACAACAAAUUGGGAAUUUCAACCAAGCUCAGACAGAAUAGAAAUUUUCUGUUAUUGGAAAAGACAUUAAAUAAAUUAUAGAUGUCUUAAAAAAAUUAAAAGAUCAUGACUUCAAUUACAAAGACUUAUCCUCUGAAGAAAAUGAAGAAUCUACAUUAAGUUUAAUUAAUAGUAUCAAGGAUAAUAGAAGGAUCAUUCAAUUUCUGUAAUUUUUAGUUCACCUCACAUCCAUUGAUGAAACUUUAAUAUAGGGUGGGUCUAAUUCAUUAUAUUUAUUAAGUUUGAUGAAGGUGGACCUUAGUAACAACAAUUUUGAAAACAUAAAAAUCUAAAAUACUUCUUUGGUGGGAGCUAAUUUUGUAAGGUGCAAUUUUAGUGGUUCUUAACUUAAUAAUGUUAAUAUAAAUGGAAUAAAUUUGAAUGGAUCAUUAUUAUUGAAUUGUAAAUGGAAAAACUUAAUAAUCCAGGAGUUAAAUUAAUUAAAUGGUCAUACUCAUUAUGUCUGCACAGUUUGUUUCUCACCUAAUGGAAAUACAAUAGCUUCUGGUAGUUUUGAUAAAUCUAUUCUUCUAUGGGAUGUCAAAACAGGAUAAAAAAAGGCAAAAUUAGAUGGACAUAGUGGAUAUGUCUACUCAGUCUGUUUCUCUCCUGAUGGAAAUACAUUAGCCUCUUGCAGUGUAGAAAAGUCUAUUCUUUUAUGGGAUGUUAAAACAAGAUAAUUAAAAGCCAAAUUGGAUGGUUAUACUAAUUAUUAUUCAGUCUUUUUCUCUCCUGAUGGAAAUACAUUAGCUUCUGGUAGUUUUGAUAAAUCUAUUCUUCUAUGGGAUGUCAAAACAGGAUAAAAAAAGGCAAAAUUAGAUGGACAUAGUGGAUAUGUCUACUCAGUCUGUUUCUCUCCUGAUGGAAAUACAUUAGCAUCUGGUAGUCAUGAUAAGUCAAUCCUUCUAUGGAAUAUGAAAACAAAAAAAUAAAUAAAAAGGAUGGAUAAUCAUAGAAUUUCUGCCUUGUUAUGUUUCUCACCUGAUGGAAAUGCAUUAGCUUCUGAAAUAAGAGAUGAGUCAAUCUGUUUAUGGAAUGUAAAAACAGGAUAAUAAAAAGCCUAAUUAAAUGGUCAUACUAGCAGGAUCAAUUCAAUCUGUUUCUCUCCUGAUGGAAAUACAAUUGCAUCUGGUAGUGAUGAUAAGUCCAUCCGUCUAUGGGACGCCCAAACAGGAUAAUAAAAAGCUAUAUUAGAUGGUCAUAGUAGUACCGUGUUAUCAGUCUGUUUCUCUCCUGAUGGAAAUAUACUAGCAUUUGGUAGUUAAGAUAUGUCUAUCCAUUUAUAUGAUGUCAAAACAAUAAAAUAAAAAGGCCAAUUGGAUGAUCCUACUAACUGUAUCAACUCAAUCUGUUUCUCUCCUGAUGGAAAUACAUUAGCAUCUUGUAGUAAUGAUUAGUCUAUCCGUCUAUGGGAUGUCAAAACAGGAUAAUAAAAAGCCUAAUUAAAGGGUCAUACUAGCAGGGUCAAUUCUAUCUGUUUCUCUCCUGAUGGAAAUACAAUAGCAUCUGGCAGUGGCGAUAAGUCCAUCCAUCUAUGGGAUAUACAGACAGGAUAAUAAAAGGCCAAAUUUAAUGGUCAUAGUGGAUAUGUCAAUUCAGUCUGUUUCUCUCCUGAUGGAAAUACAUUAGCUUCUGGUAGUGAUGAUGAGUCUAUCCGUCUUUGGGAUGUCAAAACUGGAUAAAAAAUAGCCAAAUUGGAUGGUCAUAAUGGAGGUGUUACCACAGUCUGUUUCUCUCCUGAUGGAAAUACAUUAGCUUCUGGUAGUGUUGAUUUCUAUAUCAGCUUAUGGGAGGUUAAAAGAAAAAAAUAAAAAGCCGUAUUAGAUGGUCAUGAGCAUUAGGUAUCGUCAGUCUGUUUCUCUCCUGAUGGAAAUACAUUAGCAUCUUGUAGUUAUGAUUAGUCAAUUCGUCUAUGGAAUGUUAAAAGAAGAUAAUAAAAAAUCAAAUUAGAUGGUCAUACUAGUUAUCUCUAUUCAGUCUGUUUCUCUCCUGAUGGAAAUACAUUAGCUUAUUGUAGUAAUGAUUACUCUAUUUGCCUAAUGGAUGUCAAAACAGGAUAAUAAAAAGCCAAAUUGAAUGGUCAUAGUGAUUAUAUUACUUCAGUCUGUUUCUCUCCUGAUGGAAAUACAUUAGCCUCAGGAAGUAAUGAUAAGUCUAUCCGACUAUGGGAUCUUUAGAAUGGAAAAGAAAUUUAAUUUGCUGGCAAAACUUAUAAAAAUAUAAUUGCAUAAUUUAACGCACCAUUACUUUAAAACGAUAUUACAUCAUGUAUUUAUUUCAUUAUUAUUUUUUAGAAUCCAGCUAUAUUACAAUUCUACGAAUAUCUCAAACACCAUUAUUUUAAGCAUAAGGAGCUUUAAUCUCGAAAGGAGAUUUUGUAAAUUAUGAGGGAUACGAUUUAAGAUAAUUAUUUAUAUCAUAGGGAAGUUGCUUUUUAGAAGACUUAAAAUAAAAGUGA